AUGUACCUUAGUACCACAGAUUUGAAGAUGGAAGAACAGUACUCGACUAAUGCCGCCGGCAACACAAAGCCGGCGUCGCUGCCCUUGCAAGAUCAUCAGGAGUUGAACUAUCCUAACAUGUGGGGUGAUGAUGGCAACCUUACGGGAAUUGUCUGGCCCAUCCCCUCCACGGAUAUUGCCACCAACGCAACAGGCAACAUCAGAAUCCAGGGUAACGAGCAGAACAUGGUCAUGUCUCACGGUAAUGAACCUCAAGACAUGCACUUGUCGAUCCGUCAUGAUGAAGCCAUUCAUAGAGCAACCCCCAACAACGGAGGCACUCAUGCCCAGAACAAUGAAGUCACUCAUACCUCUACCGACAACAAUGGGUUCACUUACACUCACCAAGACGGAUCAACUCAUACCCCCCUUAACCAAGGCGCCCAUACCCACAACAACGGAGUCACCUAUGACCAUAACAAUGGAUUCACUCACAGUCACAUCCACAACAACAAUUCCACUCACACCCCGCACAACGAAGUCAACCAAGGUAACUACAACAACGGAGUUCCUAAUAUCCCCAACCAGGACUCCAGUCACACCUACCUCAACGGAGUUCCUUACAUCCCCAACCAGGAUUCCACUCACAACUACCACAACGGAGUCGACCAUCACCAAAACAACGGAGUUCCUUACAUCCCCAACCAGGAUUCCACUCAUAACUACCACAACGAAGUCGCCCAUCACCAAAACAACGGAGUUCCUUACAUCCCCAACCAGGAUUCCACUCAUAACUACCACAACGGAGUCGCCCAUCACCAAGACAACGGGUUUCUUCCCAUCCACGACAACGAUUCUACUCAAACCCACCACAAUGGAGUCAACCAUAACUACAACAACGUAGCCACUGACAUCCCCAAUAAUGAAUUCACUGACGUCCACAACAACGGAGUGGCUCACAAUCACAAUAACGGAACCAUCUCUGCCAAUCCAGGCCCAAGCAGCAACCACAUUCAGCGCCCACCCAUCGUAAUCACCGACAAGUGCCGCAAGUGCCCUUCACCCGCCUAG